ACAAUGGUGACCAUAUCAUUCACAAAAAUUAUUCUCAUCUCAAUCCGACCAGGCACAGAAACUCUUGGAAAACUUCCGGGAACUGAAAUGUUUUGCGACACCGCACAAUAUCCAAUGGCUGUUAAAAUUCCUGGAGUUAUGAUAAUACGUGUCAAGUCUGCCCUGUUUUGUUUUGCAAAUGCCAAUUUCGUUAGAGAAAGGAUUGUGAGGUGGAUAACUGCACAGAAAGCUGCGGACACCAAAGGGCAGACCAAAGACAAAGAGGCCAUUCAUCUCGUAAUUCUUGACAUGUCAAAUUUGAUUAACAUUGAUACAUCUGGAAUAGCUACUCUAGAGGAGCUGCAAAAGAAUUUGAUAUCCGAAGGAAUUGAGUUAGCCGUUGCCAACCCUAGAUGGCAAGUGAUUCACAAACUAAAGCUAUCCAACUUUGUGGGGAAAAUUGGAGGAAGAGUCUUCGUGACGGUCGGAGAAGCGGUGGAUGCAAGUUUCGGUGGAAAAUUUGCUACAGCUUGCGAAUGCUAGCUCUUCAGAAGAAUGUCCACAUCAUUCUCAUUUAGGUUAAUUACUGGUUGCUUGCUUUUGUCAUGUGUGCUACUUACCCUCGUCCCAGUCUACUUAUGUACAUACAUGCAGAUGGGACAUAAAUAAGGCGAUGAUGGUUU